AAUGAGAUAUCUGGUGUGUGUGUAUGAUUAUCACUCGCAUAAUUGAAUUUAUGGUCGUUCUUCUUAUUCCGUGAAUAUUUCUUAGUGAAUGAAAGUUUUUUUCCUGUGAGUGAUAAAACCGAAUUAGCUGGUAAUAGAUUAAUAAGUUGAGGUUUGGAUUGAAAUAGUGUCUUAAUCAAGAAUUGCAAAUGGCUGAAGUCACUUUUGGCGUGUUCGAUAUUCUUCAUCCAACUCCAGUUCCUCUCAGGGAGUUAUCAGCGAUCGCCAUUAGCCUCGAAAUAUGGCGCUGCGAAAUAAAUAAAUACCGUUCGAGCAAUACAUUGAAAGAGUUUCGUCCAUCUGGUGAACUUAUCUCAUUGAAAACUAUACUCGUUCCUGAUUUGCCUUCUGUAAUUUAUCCUAUGAUUGAUAAAUAUGUCAAAAUAUUUGGAGAUUCGAUGAAAGGCUGGCUAUGGAGACAUUACGGAGAAGUAUUUGAAUUCGGACACGACCAUAAAACCAGUGUGUUGGAAUACUUCGAAGAUUUCGUGUGCGAUUACGACGGAUCCAUUCAUGGUGGGAGGACUGCCAAACGUAUGAUGCUUUGUGAUCAAUUUGAUCAAGGUCAAAGAUUUCUAAUCGCUUGUACGUAUUGCUUCGAAGAUCAUAUCAGACAAUUUUAUCAACUUAUAUCGAGGGAAUCGAUCUUGCCGAGUAAUUCCACUGGAAACCUGCUUUUUUACUGGAUAAUUGUUCUGAAAUUUCACAUUGCUACAAGCCUUGAUCUCGUAGACUCGAUGUUGGAUUAUUGCAUGCUUCGCAAUGGGCCAUCUUUGGAAUAUUUUUGGAAUCGUGUUCCACCUGAACAGCGUUUACAAAAAGCUAUCGAUCUUUUUAUGCGUGGUUUACGACCGUUUGUUCGAUACAUUUUACCAAAAUUGAACCGUCAGCAGCUCGAUGAAUUUCUUAAUGAGAAAGGUUGCGAAUUGAUCUAUGAUCUGUUGACAAAUUCUAUUUAUGACGAAGAGUUCGUCUUACGUACAUGGGCAUAUGUUAAAAAUGCUACGAACACGAUUGUUUUUACAAAUCUGGUCGUGAAAAUAUUGCAAUGCGAGUUUAUGGGUUUCUGCAUUAGUUAUCCUUUAUGUUUUGAAAUAUGGAACAGCGCUCCGGAAAGCUUGAAACGUUCGACUGUUGAAGCAAUUGCAUCAAAUGAGAAAAUAUAUCAAGACUCGCCUAUCAUGAUGCGCUUGCCGCCGCUCUGGAGAGAAUUCAAAUUCAUGUUGGCUAUUCUUUCAUAUGCCACUUAUGAGCAGAGAAACGCUUUUUGGCACAAUGGCUGGCAUCGUUUGAUUUAUAAAAUCCGAGGAGAAGAUUUGCAUGCAAUCAUGAAGCUAUGUUUUCAUAAUGAAGACGAGAUUACUCGAUUUAAGGAAAACGUCAUGGCUAAUCACGACAGUGUCCUUGGCUUAUGCGGAUUUCUCCUCCAAGAAAUGUAUUUGAACGACUUGAAUGAUUUCGUAAACUUUUUACUGCCCAAAAUUCAGCCAGCGAGGAACUUCAAACAACAAUUGUUACAGUCUACUUUUUUCGAUGAUCGACAGUUUGAUCCUUGUAGUACACGCGGGACGUUUAUCCGGAAAUCAGAAGAAUUCGACGAAUUUAUCAGCGAAGCUUGUAACGACGUUGACGUAGCCACGAAUGUUAAAAAUCAGCUUAUGUCGUCACCUUCAAUCCAAAACCAAAUAUCGGUCGAUGCUUUAUUUGUUACUACAGAAGAGCUUAUCAAAUUUACUGACUUGUUUGUUCUAAAUGAAGAAAUCCUGCUGCAGUUAAAAACACGUACGAUUGAUUUUUUGAAAGAAACAGCAAGAAAUACUUUUUAUACAUCGAGACCUUCCUUCAACUCAGCUUUAUCAUGGUGCUUAGGAAGCGACGAGGAAGUUACGAAAUUCAAGCUGACGUACCUUUGUGAUCCAUAGUUCGGUUGUAUCCACCUAAAAAGCAUAUUUUUUAGAGUUUUUUUUUACGUUUUUGCUCUGGAAUGAUUUUGUCAAGUCAUAUUUUUACAACGUUUUAUUGCGUACCCUUUUUUAAUUUUUUUAUUUGAUCACAUUCUUUUCUGUUGUUUUGUGAAGAAUACAUUGUAUGUGAAUAUAUGCUCAAUGUUAAUU